UUCUCGUUGCUUGUAUCAUUUCACGUUCUUUGCUUCACGUUUCGUUGAAAAAAAUUGUUGCUGGUGCUGCUUCAAAUUAAAUUAUUAAAUAUUGAAAAAUAAUAAUAUAUAAAGUAAGGAAAUUAAUUAAACGUUAAGAAACAUUGCGCAAAAUGGCAGAUAUAUCUACUGAAGAUUUAAAAGCGGAAAUUAAUGCUAUCCUCAAGACUGCAGACCUUUCGGUCGUUUCGGUGAAGAAAGUGCGCGAGCAAGUGGAGAAGAAACUUAACUGUUCGUUAUUGAGUCGCAAAAAGGAGUUUGAUAGCAUUGUCAUGGAUUUCAUAAAUCAGCAACAAGAAGAGAGUGAAGCAUCAGCAGAGGAGGAAGAAGAAGAAGAGCCAUCAUCCGAGGAAGAGGAGGUCGAAAAGAAAACGGCCAAAAAGCGCCCCCAACCAACUCAACGUAAGGCAACACCUAAACAAAAGAAGAAGCGGAAGUCUAUUAAUGGUUCCGACUCUGGAUCUGAAUCGGAUGGUGGCUCGGACUCGGAUUAUGAAAUGCCGAAAAAGAAGGGUCCAAAGAAGAAGGCUGGCGGUGGAGGUGCCGGUGGCGGUACUGGACGCAAAUCUACAGGAUUUACUCGCCCAUAUAAUCUAUCACCAGAGUUAUCCGCCUUAAUGGGUGCUGAAUCAUUACCACGUCAUGUAGUAGUGAAGAAAGUAUGGGCCAUUAUAAAAGAACGUAAUUUAUAUGAUCCUAAAAAUAAACAAUUCGCUAUUUGCGACGAUGAGCUAAUGAAGGUGAUGAAAGUCAAACGCUUCCGUACAUUUGGCAUGUUAAAACACUUAAAGCCACAUUUUCUUGAUUAAGUAGUCUGCGCUGAGAUCGGUGGAAGCGGAGAAAAAUAAAAAAACAACAACAGCAGAUCUAUUCCUUGAGAUCGCAAUAUAGGAAUAUUACAUGAUAUAUUUUAUUUUCGUAAAAAAACAAAAACAAUUAACACGCUUCAUACUCUAAAAUAGUAGUACAUGCUAUGCAAGAUUAUAAAUUUUAAGAGCUCUAAUUUUUUGCAAUUUCCCUGAUAUUGAUUUAUAAAUAUAACGGCUGCUUGAAUGGGUCGAAAGCAUUUUUCACUAAGUUUAAGUUAAUGUUUGUACGUCUUGAUUGUAAAGCAUGCGUGUCGCACACGUAUGAAUAUAAAAAGUAGAAUUGGAAAAAUUAUAAUGUAAACAAUAAUAAUAGUUAUAACAAGUGCGCGCCAAAAUGACUAUGUUUAAUAUGAAUUUGAGAUCUGAUACGGAAUUAUCAAUACUUUUUUAUAUUUAAAAAAUACAGUAAGUGCAUGGAAACGUCCACGAUGGAUACAUGAAUAGCGUAAAAGAAAGUUAUUUUUAAUUCACUUAAUAUAUAUGUUUGUACGUAACCAUAUUGAAUACUUGAAUACGGUUUAAUCUUUGCAAUAGAAUUAAAUUUUGGAUUUAUUGACAAUUGAAUUUGAAAUAAAGCAAGACGUUUACAAUUUUGAAAAGCA